CUGGUGCGUACCAGUGGCAUACGAAGCGCUGCCCUACACGAGGAAUGGGCGCAAUUUCACGCCGGGUUGCAGUUCAACCCUAACUGUGCGACUGCAAUUUGCGGCAAACUGAGCGAUGCCGACGUGGCCCGCGUUGGCGCCAAUCAAAUCAGGGUGGUUGAGGAGAUGAAGAUCUUCGUCAACAAGAUCAACGGGAAGGAAACAAUGCCCAAUGGUGACUACCACUUGUGCGAGGUUCUCACCCAACAAUCUGGAAGCGAUGGAAAGGAAACAGUGUGUUGUGGUGAUCACCACCUCGACGAGGCUCUAUCCAUCUGUUCAGAAGCUGGGAGAAGGAUGAGCUCAAAGCUUGAGCUCUCUCAAAGGAAGGAGAAGACCGGGAUGGGGAUGUUGUUGCUGGGGAAGAGACGGCAAGUGGGACUGGCUGCUGGCGACUGUGCAGGAGAAAUCGAGAAAGUUGGGAUGCUACUGCGGAAGAGACCACAAUCUGGGCUGCUGCAGAGCGAAAUCGCGGCAGAAUGGCGGAGGAAGUUGGGUCGUCAGAGUACCCUGGCCGAGACCGCGGACGAAGGUGCUGCCGAGGUGGUCCUUUUCUCAGUAGGACUUGACGAAGCUCCACUGCCUCUUCUCCUUGGGUCGAGCAGCGGUGGUCGCGACAUGCUGUUGUUGGGGGGAGGGAAUGAUCGGAGAUCUUGGCCAUUGUUUUUUAAUGGUGGGUUGGAGAGGGCAAUGGUUGUGGAGAAUGCAGUUAGAUGGAAGAGAGGGAUUCGGUGA